GAACCACACAAUUAUCUUCCUCCUCUUACAAAUUUCCAAUUGCCAAUUUGGACCUGAUUAAAAUUACUAAGACUAAAGAUUUCCAGUCCCUUCAAAAUUUAAAAACCACUCACUCAUCACUCUUCGUAGACUUCUCUUUUUCCAUUUCCCUCAUAUUCACUUCCGUUAUCUUCUUUUCAUCCAUACAUGGCAGUGGUGUGCCUCCCGCUCUUAUCCUACCCACAACCCACUACUUAAAAUGCGCACCCUCCUCACUCUGAGGCCACCACCACCGCCAUCUGUGCUCCUUCCAUGCCUCUCUUCCUUAUCCCCACAUCCUUCUUUCCUCUUCAGCUUCAGACCCAACAAGCGUUUUCACUUCCUCAGCCCAUGUUCUUCUCUCAAACAGUCCAAGAAGAAGUCUCUCCAGAAGACCACCAGGCCUCCCAAUGCUCCUCCUCCUCAGAGCCAGCGCUGGUUCUUCAAUAACCCAAAGGGUGACGAAGGUGGUGAAAUUGAAAAGACUGAUGAGACUGACGGUGCCUUAGGCGGUGACACUGCGCUUAAAGGUACUAUUUUGGCCGGUGUUUUCUUGGUUGGUAUUGUUGGUGGGUUUGCUUGUGUUGGGUAUUUGUACAAGGACCAGAUCAACGCCUUCUUGAAUCAGUUUUCCACUUUCAUUGAAGGUUAUGGUCCAGCUGGAUAUGCUUUGUUUGUAGCAGUUUAUGCAGGACUGGAAAUCCUUGCGAUUCCAGCUGUUCCAUUGACCAUGUCAGCUGGUCUUCUUUUUGGCACAGUUAUUGGCUCUAUUCUAGUCUCCAUAAGCGGAACAGUGGCUGCUAGUGUUGCUUUUCUCAUUGCUAGAUAUUUUGCUCGUGAGCGCAUUCUUAAAAUGGUUGAGGGAAACAAAAAAUUUCUUGCAAUUGAUAAGGCUAUUGGAGAAAACGGGUUUAGAGUUGUCACUCUCCUUCGCUUGAGCCCUUUGCUUCCUUUUUCUUUGGGGAACUAUUUAUACGGAUUGACAUCUGUAAAGUUUGUUCCAUACGUGUUGGGAAGUUGGCUGGGGAUGCUUCCUGGAACAUGGGCUUAUGUGAGCGCUGGUGCAUUUGGGCGAGCCAUAAUUCAAGAAGAAUCUGAGCUUGGUUUGCCUGGAGGAAAUGGUCAGCUACUGACACUAGGGCUUGGACUGUUAGCCACAGCAUUGGCUGCUGCUUAUGUUACACGAUUAGCAAAGGAUGCUGUAAAAGAUAUCGAUUAGCCUAAUCGGAUUAGGUGACGAGUCUCAGUCUGGCCAUGAAUUCUACACAAGAUAUUUCAAACAUUAAAAAAGAACCCAAA